GGGUUUUUAUUUACCGUAUCUGUCUUCGUCAUCUGUCCUUCAAACCCUCGACUCCACGCUGAGGGAGAUUCAAUCAUGGCGAUCAAGCACCUAUUCUCCCUAGCCCGACGGUCCCGAAAGCCCAAUGCAUCCUCUCUUUCUUCCUUCCGAUCGUCAUCGUCCGUGGCCACCGCUGUUGACUCUCCAACUCCCUCCCCUCCGCCACCAAUGGCCAUGAUCUACGACCGAUUGGCUGAAUCAGUGAAAGCUAAGCUGAAGAAGCUUGAAAAACCAGACCCUCGCUUUCUCCAACACGGUUCUCCACACCCCACCCUUGCGUCUCAUACUCAUAUCCUCUCCUUGCCUGAGACUCGUGUGACUACCCUUCCCAAUGGCCUCCGUGUUGCCACCGAGUCAUCGCUUGCUUCCCGCUCUGCUACAGUUGGUGUCUGGAUCGAUGCAGGAUCUCGAUUUGAGACCGAUGAGACUAACGGAACUGCGCACUUCUUGGAACAUAUGAUUUUCAAGGGGACUGGUAAGCGGACAGCGAGGGAACUCGAGGAGGAGGUCGAGAAUAUGGGGGGCCAUCUGAAUGCCUACACGUCCAGGGAGCAGACCACGUACUACGCCAAGGUCUUGGACAAGGAUGUAUUUAAAGCAUUGGAUAUUUUGGCUGAUAUUUUGCAGAACUCGGCCUUUGAUGAGAAGGCUAUCAUCAGGGAGCGGGAUGUGAUUUUGCGUGAAAUGGAAGCGGUUGAAGCUCAAACUGAGGAAGUUAUUUUUGACCAUUUGCACGCAACUGCUUUCCAGUACACUCCUCUUGGUAGAACUAUUCUUGGACCUGCCCAGAAUAUUAAGACAAUCACCAAAGCUCAUCUUCAGGACUACAUCCAGACUCACUAUACAGCUCCAAGAAUGGUAAUUGCUGCUUCUGGAGCUGUUAAACAUGAGGAAAUUGUUGAACAAGUGAAGAAGUUGUUUACUAAGUUAUCAGCUGAUCCAACCACUGCUUCUCAGUUAGUUGCAAAAGAACCAACUGCUUUUACUGGUUCUGAGGUUAGGAUCAUUGACGAUGAUAUCCCUUUGGCACAAUUUGCUGUUGCUUUUGAAGGAGCAUCUUGGACAGAUCCAGAUUCCAUUGCUUUGAUGGUCAUGCAGGUAAUGCUUGGUUCAUGGAACAAGAAUGCUAUUGGUGGAAAGCACAUGGGCUCUGAGCUGGCUCAAAGAGUCAGCAUUGAUGAAAUAGCUGAAAGCAUGUCAGCUUUCAACACAAAUUACAAGGACACUGGUCUAUUCGGUGUCUAUGCUGUUGCCAAGCCUGAUUGUUUAGAUGAUUUGGCCUAUGCUAUUAUGUAUGAGACAACCAAGUUGGUCUAUCGAGUUUCAGAAGCUGAUGUCACUCGUGCUCGUAAUCAGCUGAAAUCUUCCUUGAUGCUUCACUUGGAUGGAACAAGUCAUGUAGCUGAAGAUAUUGGACGCCAGCUACUUACAUAUGGUCGAAGAGUGCCAUUUGCUGAAUUAUUUGCAAGGAUUGACGCUGUUGAUUCAAGCACCAUUAAACGUGUUGCCAACCGAUUUAUCUAUGACAGGGAUGUUGCAAUUGCUGCCUUGGGGCCUAUCCAGGGUUUGCCUGACUACAACUGGUUCAGACGCAGAACCUACUGGAACCGAUACUAAGGUCACCCUACUUUAGUUUUAUUUUUGGAUCAUUUUCAACUUUGGCAACCACAAACACUUUGUUGCUUUUUACACAACCCAAGCUCCUUGUUGGAGACCCCAGAUGAUGAUAUUUAUUUUAUUUCAUUUUUUUCAUGGUCCCUGUUUUUGUAACCUUAUUAUAGAGUAUAUUGUUCAGGAAUAAGCAGGCUGUCCUCCGUAAUUCAGCUGACAUUUCUGAGUAAUUCCUUGCUAGCAAAUUAAAGCAAAUUGCGUUUU